AUGCGUGUACAAGUAUUAACAGAUAGUUAUUGGUCUAUUGGAAUAUUUUGCUCAAUUGUAACUGGUUUCAUUGUUAUAGUUUCUUGUUUAACAAAACGCCGUCGACGAUAUUUUCAUCAACAUCGUCUUGUUGACGACGUUCAUCAUUUAUGGCCAUUUGAUGAGUAUAUUAUACAACCAUCUUUAUGUAGUGUUUGUUCAUCAACUUUAAUAAGUGGUUUUCAUUGUUCAUCAUGUGGAAUUUAUUUACACGAACGUUGUGUACGUCCUGCUCGACGUCUUUUUCAUUGUAAACAUAUGACAAGUACACAGCAAGAAUUUCAACAUCAAUGGACACGUGGUAAUUUACCAUUAGAUUCUGAAUGUACUAUUUGUCACCGACCAUGUGGAGCUGAACCAAGAUUAUGUGAUUAUCGAUGUAUAUGGUGUCAACGUAUUGUACACGAUUCAUGUAUGAGAGCAUUACCAACAGAAUGUGAUCUAGGUGAAUUUCGACAAAUAAUUAUACCUCCAAAUGCUGUUGUUUCACGUACUGGAAAUAGAAAAAUUGUUGGAUAUGCUCAUUCAGUUGUUGAACGUAUUCUACCAUGUGAUAUCCAUGCUUGGCGCCCAUUGCUGGUUAUUGGUAAUCGAAAAUCAGGUGGAGCUAAUACUGAUCUAGUCUUAAAUUCAUUUCGAACUUAUUUAAAUUCAGUACAAGUUAUUGAUAUAUCAACAAUUACACCUGUUACAAUCCUUGAAUGGUGUAAUUCACUUCCUGAUAUUGGCUUUUAUAUUCUUGUUUGUGGUGGAGAUGGAACUGUUAACUGGAUUUUAGAAACUAUUGAAAACACAACAUCAGGAAUAAAACCUGCUGUUGGUAUUCUUCCAAUGGGUACAGGCAAUGAUUUAGCUCGUAUUUUACAAUGGGGUAAUGGAGAAGAUUCUGCUGUUGAUGUUGGAAUUUAUUUAAAGAAAUUAAUGGCUGCUAAAGUUGUUGCUCUUGAUCGAUGGUCAGUAGAUAUUAGUGCUACUGCUCGACAUUUUGGUGUGGCAUCAGCUAGUGCACGUAAUAUGCGUAUGUCGAAUUAUUUUUCAGUUGGUUGUGAUGCAUUAGUGACAUUAAAUUUUCAUCGUCGCCGUGAGAAAAUACCAGAAUUUUUUGCAAGUCGUUUUGUUAAUAAAUUACAUUAUUUUCAUUAUGGAACAGUUGAUACAUUUUUGAAGGAAUGUAAAGAUUUACAAAACAAUGUUAUACUUGAAAUGGAUGGACGAAUUAUUGAAAAUCUUCCAGCAUUAGAAGGCAUUUGUAUAUUGAAUAUUCCAUCGUGGGGUGCAGGUGUGCGUGUAUGGGGUGCAGGAGAAGAUAUUCCAGUUCAAAAAAUUGAUGAUGGUUUUGUUGAGGUGUUUGGAAUUUAUAGUUCAUUUCAUAUAGCUCAGAUGCAAGUUGGUCUUGCUGAUCCGUAUCGUAUAGGACAAGCUCGUCGCGUUAAAUUGACAAUCAAACGUCGUUUUCCUUGUCAAUGUGAUGGAGAACCAUUUGAAGAAGGUCCAUGUUUUGUAGACAUUCAACAUUUUUCUCAAGCCAAAAUGUUAAUGAAUAUUUUCGACACUUAA